GAGGACACCUCAGCUCUGAGCUCCUCGGAUGAGACGCGCGGAUCUCCGGGUUUAUUAAGGACGUAUGAGGAAUUAGGAGGAAGGAGACAUCUGAGGACAUGAGGAGGACACACGAGGAGACGAGGAGGACCCACGAGGAGAUGCCGAGGCUGAUGAAUCUCUCCGUUCCGUUUCUCUUGCUGGUGGGAUCGGUGGUGGGGGGCUCGCCCAGUGUGCAGAUCGGGGGUCUGUUCCCCCGCGGGGCGGACCAGGAGUACUCAGCCUUCCGGGUGGGAAUGGUUCAGUUCGGGACGUCGGACUUCCGCCUCACGCCGCACAUCGACAACCUGGAGGUCGCCAACAGCUUCGCCGUCACCAACUGCUUCUGCUCCCAGUACGCCCGGGGCGUGUACGCCAUCUUCGGCUUCUACGAUAAGAAGAGUGUGAACACCAUCACGUCGUUCUGCGGGACACUGCACGUGUCCUUCAUCACGCCCAGCUUCCCUCUGGACGGCACCCAGCAGUUCAUCCUGCAGAUGAGACCCGACAUCAAAGGCCCCCUGCUGAGCCUCAUCGAGUACUACAAGUGGGACAAGUUCGCCUACCUCUACGACAGCGACCGAGGCCUCAGCACCCUGCAGGUUGUCCUGGACACGGCGGCCGAGAGGAAGUGGCAUGUGACGGCCAUCAACGUGGGCAACCUGAAGGACGAGAGGAAGGACGAGGCGUACCGCUCGCUGUUCCAGGACCUGGAGACCAAGAAGGAGCGCAGGGUCAUCCUGGACUGUGAGCAGGACAAGGUCAAGGACAUCAUGGAGCAGGUCGUCACCAUUGGCAGACAUGUCAAAGGCUACCAUUACAUCAUCGCCAAUCUGGGCUUCAUCGACGGGGACCUCUCUAAGAUCCAGUACGGGGGGGCAAACGUGUCCGGCUUCCAGAUCGUGGACUUCGAGGAGCCGCUGGUGGCCAAGUUCGACCAGCGGUGGGAGGCCCUGGAGGAGAAGGAGUACCCAGGGGCCGACAGCAAGAUACGGUACACCUCCGCCCUGACCUACGACGCGGUGCAGGUGAUGACGGAGGCGUUCCGCUCGCUCCACAAGCAGCGCAUCGACAUCUCGCGCCGCGCCAACAACGGGGACUGCCUGGCCAACCCGGCCGUACCCUGGGCCCACGGCGUGGAGAUCGAGAGGGCCCUGAAACAGGUGCGUGUUGAUGGACUGACUGGUAAUAUCCAGUUUGACCAGCAUGGGAAGCGCGUCAACUACUCGGUCAACAUCAUGGAGCUCAAGAACAACGGACCGGUCAAGAUUGGCUACUGGAAUGAAAUGGACAAGAUGGCCGUCACAAAGUCUGACGUCUUUGCAAACGAAUCUACAGGAAUGGAAAACAAGACGGUUAUUGUUACCACCAUCUUGGAAGCGCCCUAUGUGAUGCUGAAGAAGAACUCUGACCUGUUCGUUGACAACGAGCGCUACGAGGGUUACUGCGUGGACCUGGCCGCCGAGAUCGCCAAGCACUGCGGCUUCAAGUACCAGCUGAAGGUGGUCGGCGACGGCAAGUACGGCGCCCGCGACGCUGAAACCAAGAUCUGGAACGGCAUGGUCGGGGAGCUCGUCUACGGGAAAGCGGACAUCGCGGUGGCUCCCCUGACCAUCACCCUGGUGCGCGAGGAGGUGAUCGACUUCUCCAAGCCCUUCAUGUCGCUGGGCAUCUCCAUCAUGAUCAAGAAGCCUCAGAAGUCCAAACCCGGCGUGUUCUCCUUCCUGGACCCGCUGGCCUACGAGAUCUGGAUGUGCAUCGUGUUCGCCUACAUCGGGGUCAGCGUGGUGUUGUUCCUGGUCAGCCGCUUCAGCCCCUACGAGUGGCACACCGAGGAGUACGAGGACGGCCAGAUCCAGACCAACGAGUCCACCAACGAGUUCGGCAUCUUCAACAGCCUCUGGUUCUCGCUCGGCGCCUUCAUGAGACAAGGCUGCGACAUCUCCCCCAGGUCUCUGUCCGGCCGCAUUGUGGGGGGCGUCUGGUGGUUCUUCACCCUCAUCAUCAUCUCCUCCUACACGGCCAACCUGGCCGCCUUCCUCACGGUGGAGCGGAUGGUGUCUCCCAUCGAGAGCGCCGAGGACCUGGCCAAGCAGACGGAGAUCGCCUACGGGACGCUGGACUCUGGUUCCACCAAGGAGUUCUUCAGGCGCUCCAAGAUCGCCCUGUUUGACAAGAUGUGGACGUACAUGCGCAGCGCCGAGCCCUCUGUGUUCGUGAAGACCACGGCCGAGGGCGUGGUCAGGGUCCGCAAGUCCAAGGGGAAGUACGCCUACCUGCUGGAGUCCACCAUGAACGAGUACAUCGAGCAGAGGAAGCCCUGCGACACCAUGAAGGUCGGAGGCAACCUGGACUCCAAGGGCUACGGAAUCGCUACGCCCAAAGGAUCUUCAUUAAGAACGCCUGUAAACCUUGCGGUAUUGAAACUCAGUGAGCAAGGAGUCUUAGACAAGCUGAAAAACAAAUGGUGGUACGAUAAGGGGGAAUGCGGAGCCAAGGACUCAGGAAGUAAGGUCAGUGGAUGUGGCAAACACACCAUUACAACCCAAGACCGUCAUCACAAAGCAUGAGACACAUGCCUGCAGAGCUACUAAUGACCCAACAUGUACCAGCUCACAGACCCUAAUGCAUGCCAUGUCACCCAUGAAAUGUGCACCUUAAUGAUCUCCUUUUCAGCACCCUAACUCUAAAAGUAUACUAAAUCCAGGAGCUUCCUUCUUACAAAGAAGCUGCGGUGUGGAACUGGUGAUUGGAUGAUUGGGGGCGCGUAGUUAAAGGCUCUGACUUCCUCUGAAUACAGGAUCAGUGAUUGGCUGAAUCCCGACCAUCUCUAGAAUACAGGAUCAGUGAUUCGCUGAGUCCCGACCAUCUCUAGAAUACAGGAUCAGUGAUUGGCUGAAUCCUCUAAAGGGCGUCCAACCAUGUUGACCCUCAUCUGUUGUCCUCAUGUGUCGUACCUAUUGUGUGUCUUGUUGUGUGAGUAGUGUGUGUCGUACCUUGUUUGUGUCUUUUUGUGUGUGCGUCGUACCUUGUUUGUGUCUUUUUGUGUGAGUAGUGUGUGUCGUACCUUGUGUGUGUCUUGUUGUGUGAGUAGUGUGUGUCGUACCUUGUUUGUGUCUUGUUGUGUGUCGUGCCUUGUGUGUGUUGUCGUGUUUUGUGUAUAGUUUGUUUGAGACGUUUUAAAACACAGAUUGUACCGACACACAACACCGUGCAGUCGACACAGUCACCUCCAGGGAACUGGUUGCACGAGAUAUAUUGACAACAGAUAGAACAAUAAGAGAUGCAUUGAUGACAGAUAAAACAAUAAGAGAUAUAUUGAGAACUGAUACAUCUUAAGAUUAUAGGACGGCUGUAGCACAUCAAAUAACGAUACACUUAA